AGAUCCUUCGGGAAUAAGCAUCGGUUUCACCCCUAUCGGAACUUGAGAGUGAAGAGUAAAGUUUCAUAAGUUGAAGUUUCAUUCCUGGGCGAGGAAAGCGCAUCAGAAUGGAUUGCGAUGAGUUUCGUUGUCGCGGCAAAGAGAUGAUUGAGUACAUCUGCAGCUACCUGGACAACAUAGAGGAGCGGCGAGUAACUCCCAACAUCGAGCCUGGAUACUUGAGGAAACUGAUCCCGGAAAAUGCGCCAGAAGACCCGGAAAACUGGGAUAGCAUAAUGGCGGAUGUGGAAAGCAAGAUUAUGCCUGGAGUUACUCAUUGGCAGCACCCACGGUUCCAUGCCUAUUUUCCCAGCGGCAACUCAUUUCCGUCUAUUCUGGGCGAUAUGCUGUCGGAUGCUAUUGGAUGCAUCGGGUUCUCCUGGGCUGCCAGUCCUGCCUGCACCGAGUUGGAAACUGUUGUGUUGGAUUGGCUUGGAAAAGCAAUCGGUUUACCCGACCAAUUCCUGGCCCUAAAGGAAGGAAGUCGAGGUGGUGGAGUCAUCCAGACUUCAGCCAGCGAAUGUGUCUUGGUAUCGAUGCUGGCAGCUCGAGCUCAGGCAUUGAAGCGGCUGAAACAGCAGCAUCCGUUCGUGGAAGAAGGACUGCUGCUUUCGAAGCUGAUGGCUUAUUGUUCCAAGGAGGCUCAUUCAUGUGUGGAGAAAGCGGCGAUGAUUUGCUUCGUGAAACUGAGGAUCUUGGAACCGGACGAAACGUCGUCAUUGAGAGGGAAAACUUUGUUGUUGGCAAUGGAAGAAGAUGAAACCAUGGGCUUGAUACCGUUUUUCGUGUCGACCACCCUUGGAACCACUUCAUGUUGCUCCUUUGAUAACCUUCCGGAGAUCGGAGUUAUAAGCCACAAGUUCCCAUGCGUGUGGCUUCACGUAGAUGCAGCCUACGCUGGAAACGCUUUCAUCUGCCCGGAACUCAAAUAUCUGCUCAAAGGCAUCGAACAUGCGGAUUCUUUUAACACCAACCCCAACAAGUGGCUGUUGACCAACUUUGACUGUUCCACCAUGUGGGUAAGGGACAGAAUUCGACUGACUUCUGCCCUAGUGGUCGACCCGCUUUAUCUGCAGCAUGGAUACUCUGAUGCCACUAUUGAUUACCGUCAUUGGGGCGUCCCAUUGAGCAGACGCUUCCGAUCGCUGAAGCUCUGGUUCGUUAUUAGAAGUUUUGGCAUAUCGGGGCUUCAGAAGUACAUCAGAUUGCAUAUUCGAUUGGCCAAAAGAUUUGAAGCUCACGUGCUGAAGGACCGGAGGUUUGAAAUUUGCAACGAGGUCAAGCUGGGGUUGGUGUGCUUCCGACUCAGGGGCCAGGAUAAGUUGAAUGAGAAGCUUCUGAGCAACAUCAACGCCUCGGGAAAGAUCCACAUGGUCCCGGCCAAUGUGAAUGAGAAGUAUGUCAUCAGGUUCUGUGUGGUUUCGCACAAUGCUACCGAGCAGGAUAUAGAUCAUGCCUGGCACGUGAUUUCGCAAUUUGCAGAUGAUUUACUCGAAAUGCAGAACGCUGACAAGGAACAGGAGUUGCAGGAUGAAGUGUACGAGUUGCUCGAAAGAAAGAAGAAAGAAACUCUGGCCCAGAAGAGGAGCUUUUUCGUGCGGAUGGUUAGCGAUCCGAAGAUUUACAACCCUUCAAUAGCCAAAGCUUUGCCAUCCACUAGGAGGCAUUUAACUCAACCUUCUGCAGAGUCUCCUGAGAACCACAUUACGAUCCAGCCACCAACAAGCGCAUCCUGGAUAAGUUGGCCGCUAGCCUUCCUAUUCCAGGGAAUUACUGAAGAGGGGUCUGCCAGCAACGUUCCGAUUCGGUUUCGGCAUUUGGACACCAAAGUGCGCCUAAAGGCUAGUGGCAAAGGGGAAGCGAUUUCUCCUCGACAGUCUCCAUCGCCCGAGCGGGACAGCAAGUCACCAAAACGAUCACCAAACUCUUCACGUAAAUCUUCCCUUGUAUCCUAAAUGUUUAACUUCGAAGUUGACUUAACCGGCUCCCAUAUAACAAGUUAAUGUACAUGUAUUUAGUGUGUGAAAAUAAAUUGGCAAGCAAGACCGUAAU